UACUUCCGAAAAACACUCUUCAAUCUUCAUACAGGGAUUUGAGAUCCCCAUUUCGAUCGUCUUCAAUCUCUCAAAACCCAUCUCUGAAAGGGAAUAUUUCAUCUUUGUUAGCUCACUUACGCAACCUCACAACGUCAAGCUCCAAAAAUGAAGUUUUGUAUUCUUUCGAAAAACCCCUUGAACGAUCCUCACUUGCAAAAUUCCUCAAGGAAAAUUGUCGAUCGGGUAACUUUACUCUGAAUGAAGCAUUGAACUUUUUUUAUUACAUGAUUAAUUCGCAACCUAUUUCUCCAAUUUCAUCAUUCACUACAUUGCUUAGUGCACUUGCAAAGAAGAAGCAUUAUUAUGAAGUGAUUUCGCUUUAUAAGUGCUUUAAUUCAACUGGGUUGUCUCCAGAUUUGAUUUUUUUUAAUGUUUUGAUUAAUUGCUUCUGUAAUAUCAAAAGGGUUCCGGAUAGUUUUGCGGUUUUUGGGGUGAUUUUGAAGAAGGGUUUUAGCCCAAAUGUGGUGACUUUUACUUGUUUGAUCAAAGGUCUGUGUGUAGAGAGAAAGAUUAUGGAAUCAAUGGAAUUGUUUAAGAGAAUGGUUGCUGUUGGUUGUAGGCCUAAUGUCAUCACUUGCAAUACUUUGAUUGAUGGAUUGUGUAAAACCGGGAAUGUAAGUGUUGCCAUUAAGUUGCAUGAAGAAAUGGCUAAGGGAAAUGAAGAAUCUGGUGUUACUUGUAGGCCAAACGUUGUUACCUAUAGUAUUAUAAUCGAUGGUCUUUGUAAGGAUGGAUUAAUUAAGAAGGCUAGACAGUUAUUUUUGGAGAUGAAGAGUUCGGGAAUUAGUCCAAACGUAGUAACUUAUACCGUUCUAAUUCAUGGUUUUUGUCGUGUGGGUGAUUGGGAGAUUGUUAAAAGUUUAUUUAUAUUGAUGAUGGAUCAAGGUGUGCAGCCUUGUGUGGUGACAUUUAGUGUAGUCAUAGAUUUCCUUUGCAAGAAAGGGAAAUUCGACGAAGUAAAUAGGUUGUUGCAACUUAUGAUUCAACAAGGUGUGGAACCCGACACUUGUACUUACAACAUUUUGAUGAACGGUUAUUGCUUGGCAGGUAGAAUUCGUGAUGCAAGGGAGUUAUUGAAUUCUAUAACUAGAAAGGGGUAUAGAGCUAAUGUUGUUAGCUACAAUACUUUAAUCAAUUGGUAUUGCAAGAACAAAAUAGUCAACAAAGCUCUUGGUGUUUAUCAAGAGAUGAUUUCAGAAGGAAUUAGGCCUGAUGUGAUUGUAUAUACCACUUUGAUCUAUGGGCUCUGUAAAAGUGGACAAUUAGAAAAGGCAAAUGAGUUUUUAACACGUAUGGAGGAAGAAGGUUGCGCUCCAGAUGAGGUCACUUUUGGUACGCUGAUGUUUGGUUUCCUAAAAAAUAACGAGAUAACAAAAGUUGUUGAACUCCUUCAUAAGAUGGCGGAGAGAAAUGUGAAGCCGUCUGGAUUUACGAUGUCCUUAGUCAUGCAGUUACUAAUGAAGGCUGAAAAUUAUCGUGAAUGUUUGAACCAGCUUCCUCAAUUUCUCGUCCAAAAGCGAAAUUGAUGCUUACAUGAUAAAAACUUUUGUGAGUAUUCAACUUUUUUUGGAUCAGAAUCCUGCAAACGUUCACCCAGCUACUCGAAUGCUCUAUUUUGGUCACGGUAAGAAGAAGGUACAGUAAACACUUUCAUCUGUUCAAAAUUGAUAGGGAUGGUGACAGGGAUGAUUCAGAAUGAUGGCUUCCUUGAUCAGACAUACGACAAGUGAUCUGUCUCUGUCGUAAGUGCAUAUAGUGGAGGUGGCAGCAUUGCAGGCUGCGUCAGCAUUUGCACAUGAAGUAGUCUUAAGGGUUUGAGGAUUAUUUCUGGUGCAAAUUUCAGUAAGCAAAAGUUGUGUAUGAGAAAUUGGGGAACGGUUCUGACUUCAACUACGAAAAUAAUGGUAGCCGCUCAAGUUCAUCUUUUCAAGCUGAUCAGUUUCCUGGACGAUGUUAUGCACGAGCAUGUGCUCUUUCAACGAUAGCUGAUGAAGACAAAGCAAGAAGAGCAUUAUAAAAGGUUUUUAACUAUAAUGUCUUAAAGAAUAUGGAUGCAUAGCAGGGGCCGGUCAAUGGGAUCUACCUGUUGGAACAGUUGACAUGACAACAUUGUAGUCAAGAGAAAUAUGGUCUGGUCUCUGGUGUUACAUAAGCAGUUGCUGUAAUGAUGAUCCAUGGAGAUUUGGUCGAUUCGGGGAUUUCAAAGUGCCAUUGAUUUCUAUUAAGCAGCAUGGUGUGAAAAUAGACUCAGGUAAGAUCCCCCUAAGGUUAUCAAACGGUGUUAUCUUAUAGCUUAAUUAAUAGGCUGUCAAGUAUUAUGAGUCUGUGUUUUUUAGAUCUAAAUCUGUCUCAAAUCUGUAUCGAUUUCAUUGCAGCAUCAUUUCAUUUAACUUUUUUGGUGGAUGUGGUAUUUAACCAUUUUUUGGUGGAUUCUUGAUGCUGUGAAAUGUUAUU